AUGAGGGAACCACCAAAGUCCCGAGGAUUGGCACAGGCACGGACAUCACCGUCUGUCACAGAGAGCACAACACCUUUACGCAUACAAGCCCAGGCCCGCCUUAAAGACAAGACGCGGCGUGAAAUCUCGGAGCGCCGCCAGGUAGGCGACGCCGAGACGCUGGUUCACCAGCAGGGGUCAUCGUCGCGCGGCGGCGACGACAAUGAGCUAUGA